ACAAGCAUAGCGGAAGUGCCCCUCCCCAUAAUGCAUCUACAUUUCUAGGCCUAGGAGGAAAAAAUAAAGAAAUACACAAAAAAUGUCUGCUUUAGAAACUUUGUUUGAUAAUGAAAUUCCAGCUGGUCGCCAGGCUCUGGAGAACAGUCAGGCUAACCUCCUAGAUGUAGCUGCAUACUGUGAAGACAAUUAUGUUAAGGCUGAAGACAAAAGAGUUGCCUUGGAGGAAACCAAGAACUAUACAACUCAAUCAUUGGCCAGUGUUGCAUAUCAAAUCAACACUUUAGCUACAAGUAUGCUUCAAAUGCUUGACCUACAGGUCAAUCAGUUAUCUACAAUGGAAGCUAGUGUUAAUCACAUUGCUCAGACGGUAAGCAUCCACAAGGAAAAGGUUGCCAGAAGAGAAAUUGGUGUUUUGACCACUAAUAAGAAUGUGACCCGGACGCAUAAAAUCAUAGCACCAGCAAACCCGGAAAGACCAGCCAAGUACAAAUCAAAAAUCAUUGAUUACACAUCUUUAGAUAGUAUUGGACAUGGAUUGAAAAUCGGGCAACCAAAACAGAGAACGCUCUCAAGAAGUAGCGAGCAUAAUGCUCCUGCGGGUGCUUCCUUGCCCAUUGUUCAACCUCACAGCCAGUAUGGUACUAUUCGUACCCAGCCUGGUGUAAGACCAGUUUCUACCCCGCGGGUACCAGGCUAUGCAGAUGUCGGUCAGUCUCAAAGUUUACAGAGGAAAGGUGGUCCACCUCCUCCACCUUCUAUGCCACAACAAGUUCAUCCAAAUCAGUCCAAUGUCUCUCCAUAUAUACAGCAUGACCUUUCACAGUCUCAACAAAAUCAGCCUAAUAUUGCCCCAGUCAGACCAGCCCCUGCACCGCCCCCACCACCAGCUCCCAUGCCGAGCAGUAUACCUCCACCACCACCGCCAAUGGCACCACCAGAUAUGAUGGCGGGUGUUCCUCCACCUCCACCGCCGGCGGAUAAUGGAUAUAAUCGUGUGCCGUACUCGCACCAGGACCAAAUACCACCUCCUCCCUCGAAUCCUGUGGAUGACAGACCAUCCGGGUUCUCAAUGAGUGAGCUUAACAGGGCAUUGUCAAUUAAUAGAAAGAGUUCAGGUGGUUAUGGAGACGAAUUUGCAGAUAUGCCUCCACCACCACCCCCAGAUGAACCCCCAGCAUUUGACAUGACCAUGUCCCCAUUACCGCCACCACCCCCAGAAAACUUUGAAGCAAUAGAUUAUGAUGCAAUGAUGCCCCCGCCUCCUCCGCCACAGUUCCUGCAGGAGGAUGAGCCAGAAUGGGUGCCGAAGGACUAUAUUCAAAAAGUUGUCGCUAUCUAUGAUUAUAUUGCAAACCAAGAUGAUGAGUUGACAUUUCAAGAAGGUAACAUUAUCUAUGUUGUAAAAAUGAAUGAAGAUGGGUGGUACGAAGGUGUCAUGGAAGGUGUUACAGGCCUAUUUCCAGGGAAUCAUGUUGAUAUAUGCCCAUAGUUGGAUUACAUAAUCAACAUAAACUAGUUAUCAAAAUUAAUUAAUUUUGAACCAGUCUAUUAUGUUCAUUAAUUUGAACUUCUUUUUUCAUGACUUGUACAUUUCAAAUCUUGAUGUUUUCUUAUCUGUUACAGUAAGCUAAACAUAUUUUUUUGUUUGUUUAUUAAAAUAUUCAUUCGAAUAGUGGAUCUAGUACAGUAGAAUGAGGAAGUAUUACAGAUAAAAUAGAUAUUUAUACUCGAGUGUUAACAUAAGUAAAAGUUUGGUGCAGUGGAAAUGGUUUGACUUCCCAACCCAGCUCCGAGGUGAGGCUUUCAGUCCCUUGCUGUGCAUUUCGCUUGUUUCCUUGAGCAAGACACUUUACCUGCAUUGCUUCUCUGCACCUAGGAGUAUAAGUAGGUACCUGGUAGGUUUAAAUGCCAAAAUGCACUGAUGUAGCUGCUGCAUCAUUAUGGAAUACUUCCCCAGAGAGCUGAUUUUGUGUUCCAUCAAUCUAAUGACUGGGUUGAUGAUAAUCUGAGCACAUUGGUCUCUUCAUUAUGCGCUAUAUAAGUCUACCAUUAUUAUUUAUUAUUAUAUAACAUUGGAUAUAUAAAUAAUUAUUGUUAUUGUAUAUUCAAAAGAUGAUUUAGGAGUGACAGGUGAAGAAGUAUGAUCCGUCUCUUAAGCUAUGUUCAGAUUAUCAAGUUUUCUUUGACAAAAAACAGUUGUAUGCCCAUAUAUAGACAUGAUGUGAUGUCAUCAUGACCAUAUUUAGGCGCAUGCCACUUGUUUUGUCAAAUUAAAUUUGAUGGUUGGGCAUUGCUUAAAUUGUAAGUACUAUUAAUUUUUAUGACAAAUAACUGUGAUAUGCUCAUAUUUGGGUAUAAUAUGACAUCAUCAUGCCCAUAUAUAGGCAGAACUUUUAAGAUCAAAACCAUGAUAUAUAUAUGCCACUAAUUUAUAAAUAUUAAAUUAAAAUAGCUGAUCUAAUAUUUAAGUAUGAUUGGUUUUGAAAUUUAAUUGUAGCAUACAAUCGCUCAUUUAUACCCCAACCAAUGCAAUUUUGAAUUUUAAUUGCCGAGAUUCCAAAAUCUUGUCUUAACUUGUAAAUGUAGACUGAAUUACUACAAGGAUUUAGAAACGAACAGUAGUAUUGAAUUUUAUAAUGAAAAGUGUUAUUGAACUACUUGGUACUAUACUUGGAACUAUGUGAAAAAUGGUAGACACCUUUUAUCUAAGGGAUGUAACUAUCAUAGUUGCCAUAAUUGAUUCUUUUGUGACAAAUGUAUCAUGGAAAACUAAUUUUUGUAAUUUUUAUUUUACUUCUGCUUUUUAAUUUUUUUCCCUCAUAAUUGUUAUCUUGAUGCUUUCUCAUACUUGACAUUAAUUGCUACUCAAAACAAUUUUACUUGUCUGUACUUUUACUUGUUUAAUAAUUACUUAUUUAUAUAACUUUAGUAUUAUAAUAAUGUGUAACCAUUGUUAAAAUAUUAUUAACUGUGCAUGAAGGUGGUGAGUGAUGUAAUUAUUGUAUGCAGUCUUUAUAUGAAUAUCAUUGUUAUGUAAAUGUGAUACUAUACAUUAUUCAACACCAUUUGUGUUACAAAUACAAAUUUACAGUAACUGGAAAUUCAAAAGAAACUAAGAAAUAUAACCUAAAAAAUUACAUAAAAUUAACUAAAUAAAACAAUUGUUUAAACUACCAAAUAUCUUAACAAGACUUAUAUCUCAAACUAACUUAAUUAUACUUUACAAAUUAACUGGAAUACAAAACAAAACAAAAAUACAGUAGUUAUGUUAGAAACUACCACGGACAAAUCUGUUAGAUAAAUAAUGAGGUAUUUGUACCCCUCAAUGUUUUGGGUUUAAGAAAUACAGCUUUUGUAGAAUUUGUUGGCCUCAUCAGAUGAACUAAGCUAUAUUGUGACCUGACUUGCAUUUUAGUCGUAGUGAUUUCUAAAAGAGAUACAAUAUAUUGUUGUAAUGCAUAGUAUACAAUAUUUGGUUCCAUGGUUUACUUAAACACUUAACUACAUUAAUGUUUUAUUUGGUUCCAAUUACUAAACCACUUAACUACAUUAAUGAUUCAGUCAUUUAGAAACCAAACACUGUCUCAGAAUCAAAUAAAAAAAAAUCAAUUCUGAUAUUUGUUUAGAAUUUGGUUCCAGAUGCUAAAACACUUAACUACCUUAAUAACGCAUUUGGUUUCAGAUGCGCAGACGUUGAUUACUGUACAUUGCUCAUUUUGGAACCAAACACAGAAUCGACUUUAAAGGAAAUAAAUUUUAAAAUUUAAAACCACUAUUGGUACUAUUACUAUUAUUAUUAUUACACAUCAUUAUUAUUAUUAAUUAUACUAUUAUACUGUAAUAAUGUUUAUUGUGAGAUGGAAAGUAGAAGAAAUAUUGCUUUAAAUAAAUGUGGGUGUGACUCCCAAAAAAGGAAAUAAACUUUGGAGACCACUAGCAUUGUUUUGGUCUUCGUUUAAGGUUUUUGGAUUUAAUCACCAUCUAAUUAUGCUGAUUUUGGAGACCACUCUUUACAUACUGUCUCCAAUUAGGCCAAAUAAAAAAAAAUAUUGUGUUGGCCACGCCCGGCCGACCCAAAUUUUACUAAAUUCAGGGUCAGCAUUUUAGUUUUUUUUUUUUUUUUUUUUUUUUUUUUUUUUUUUUUUUCAUGAGCUAAUAAGGCUGAAAUAGCCGUAGACUAGGCUAUGAGGAAAAGGCCUAGCUUAUUUUGGUGCAUGGUACGUGAUGCGAAUCCAAAAUUGUAUAUUUUGAAUAUUUAUACCUUUUAAGCAAGCGUAAACAUAUUUCCUACCGACUUACCCAUUUUUUGGAUUUUCCCAAAAUAAGGCCAACACAAAUUUUUUUUUUUUUUCGGCCUUAUUGGAGACGAUUUCAGUUUCUAUUACCCUCUAUGUAUGCUAAGACCGCCCAUUGCCGUGGUCUUCAUUUUAGAUGUUUCAAAUAAAGACCGCACCUCAAUACCACUCCAAAUGUUGAGGUAGUCUCGGAUAGGAGGGCUAAAUGUAAGUGAUAUAUGUUUCAGUUUUAACUUUAACGGUUAGAGGUAUUAAGGCUUUUUAUGGUCAAAUUUAAAUUUGUUUAAAAUGGUGCUUUCUGGCUGUUUACCAGUUUUAUCAACUACCAGUUUAACAAUUGUUGUUUUCAAUGUAUUUAAUUUUUUUUUAAAGUAUUUUAUUUCAAUAAAAUUUUUCAUUUUCGUAUGCCAAAAAUAUAUCAAUUUAAAAGUCUUUGGUUACUUUAUCAUCAUUUAAAUUAAUAAUUUCUAUGUUCCUUGAUUAUACUGAGUUUUAAGAUCUAAUGAAAGUAGAUAAACAUUGAUUCUUCAAUGUACAGUAUAUAUUUCAUAAUACAUUCAUUACGUUUAUAAACAGGUGGUAUUUAUCAGUGUAUCCACAAAUUUUCAAGUUACAUGAAUGUCCAACAUAGUAUAGCAGGAAAUUGUGUAGCUAUUUAUUCACAAACGUUACCAGAGUAGGCCUGUAUGUGUUCGUUACAUCAAGGUAAACUGUAACCAUAAUUUUAUUAUAAAUGAACAAAUAUUAUGCUAACCUUAAAAUAUGCAUUUUUAUGUACUGUAUCAACCCUUUAAUCAUCUUUGUAUUAUUAAGUCCAGAAUAAAUUGACCACACUAA